AUGGAGAUCUUAAUGUUCACAGCAAUUUUGAUUUCAAAAAUCCAAAGCAAUCUGAAAGGGAAUUUCCAUUUUUUUUUGUUUAUAACUAAUACAUAUUACUCUUGGUGUAAUUUGUCGAUUGCAAAUCUUCUGUUUGUGGAAGCUCCAGUAGGUGUUGGUUUCUCAUACACAAACAAAACUGAAGAUUUAGAGGCUCUAGGGGAUGGAGUUACAGCUAAGGAUUCAUAUGCCUUCCUACUGGGAUGGUUCAAGAGAUUCCCAAGUUUCAAAUCCCAUGAAUUUUACAUAGCUGGAGAAAGCUAUGCUGGCCAUUAUGUUCCCCAACUUGCAGAACUCAUUUAUGAAAGUAACAAGAAUGCAAGCAAAGACUCAGUUAUUAACCUAAAGGGUUUCAUGAUAGGGAAUGCUGUGAUUAAUGAUGAAACAGAUCAAAUAGGCUUCAUCGAAUUUGCUUGGAGUCAUGCAAUUAUUUCAGAUCAGCUAUAUCAUAACAUACUCAAGGAAUGUGACUUCAAGAGUAAUAAAGGAAGUAGCCUUUGCAAUACAUACAUCGGGAGCUUCUUUCAAGCUUACUCAGAUAUUGACAUUUACAGCAUCUACACACCAGUUUGCCUCCGGUCCGGCGAAAUCACCCGAAAGUUGGUGGCUGGUGCUCGAUUAUUCAGUAAAAAUGAGCUAUGGUAUAAGAUACCAUUAGGUUAUGAUCCUUGUACAGAAGUCUACACAGAGACAUAUUUCAACAGAUUAGAUGUUCGGUGGGCUCUACAUGCCAAUGUAACCAAGCUGUCUUACCCGUACACAACUUGCAGGUUUGUGUCUGAAUACCCACAUUUUAUUGCUCUCAUUACCCACUUUGAUUACUCAUUCUGUCUGUUGGGUCGCCUUUGCAUGAAAGUUGAUGUGAAACCAUAUAAAUAA